AUGCAACAAAGACAUAUCAAUUCCAGGAUCACCGUCAUCCAGGCCUAUGCUCCCAUCGAAGACACAGAAGAGGCCGAUAAAGACGCUUUCUAUGACCAACUACAGGACGCGUUGGACGACGCCCCUCAUCACGACUUGGUCCUACUAACUGGCGACUUCAACGCCAAAAGCACAAGAAACCAACAAGGCUACGAGCACGUAAUUAGCCCAAACGGCACAGCGACUGAUACUAGCAGCAACAGCGAACGGUUGGUCUCGUUCUGCUCAACGAAUGGGUUGGUGAUCGGAAACACUUACUUCGAGCAGAAGUGGAUCUACAAGGAAAUGUGGCGAUCACCAGAUGGUCGGACCUUUAACGAGGUCGACUACGUCUGUACUAGUAAGCGGUGGAAAUCGACCCUGCUGGACAUGCGGACGUGCCGGGGAGCAGAUGUGGGCUCAGAUCAUUACCUCCUCCUCAUGAAGUAUCGGCUUCGAUUGAGGUGCUUGCCGCUCGUGCAGAGUCGCCCCCGCCCCUUUGCAGUGGAGAAAUUUAAAGACCGAAGGACAGUCGAUCAGUUCCAAUAG